AUGGACCCAAUUAAGUAUAUCUUUGAAAAACCAUCCCUCACUGGAAGAAUUGCUCGAUGGCAAGUUCUUUUAUCAGAGUAUGAUAUUGUGUAUAUUACCCAGAAAGCGAUCAAAGGCAGUGCCCUUGCUAAUUUUCUAGCUCAGCAACCAAUAAAUGAUUAUCAGUCAAUGCAAUGUGAAUUUCCUGAUGAAAGUAUAAUGGCGUUGUUUGAAGAGAAGGGAUCUUUGAAGAAAGAAGAAUGGGUCAUGAUGUUUGAUGCUGAAUAUGAGGCCUGCACUAUGGGAAUUCAAGCAACUAUAGAGUCAAAAGUCAAAGUUCUUGAAGUGUAUGGUGACUCAGCCUUGGUCAUCCAUCAGUUGAAAGGGGAAUGGGAGACUGGAGAUGCAAAGUUGAUUCCUUACCAAGCCUAUAUCAAAGAAUUGAUAGAGUAUUUUGAUGAGAUUACCUUCCAACAUAUUCCUCGUGAAGACAAUCAACUGGCUGAUGCUUUAGCCACUUUGUCAUCAAUGUUUGUAAUCAGUCAAAAUGAGGAUAUGCCACUUAUAAAGAUGCGACAGCAUGAUCGACCGGCUUACUGUCAAAUGAUCGAAGGGGAAUAUGAUGGUAAACCAUGGUACCAUGAUAUUAAGAGUUAUCUGAAAAAUCAAGAGUACUCAUUGAAUGCUACUGAUAAUGACAAAAGAACACUGAGGAGACUAGCAAUGGGUUUCUUCUUAAAUGAAGAAGUGCUUUAUAAAAGGAAUCACGACAUGGUAUUGCUCAGAUGUGUGGAUGCUUCAGAAGCACGAAAGAUCAUGAAAGAGAUUCAUGAAGGUUCUUUUGGGACUCAUGCCAAUGGACACGCCAUGGCAAAGAAAAUUCUAAGGGCUGGGUAUUACUGGUUGGCGAUGGAGACAUAUACUGAUAAUGUUAAUGUUCCCCCGACAACUUUAAAUGUUUUGUCAUCACCAUGGCCAUUCUCAAUGUGGGGGAUAGAUGUCAUCAGACCCAUUGAACCUAAAGCUUCUAAUGGUCACCGCUUCAUUCUUAUUACUAUUGACUAUUUUACAAAAUGGGUUGAAGCUGCCUCAUAUGCUAGUGUGACUCGAAAUGUGGUGGUGAAGUUCAUUAAAAGAGAUUUGAUACGUCGUUAUGGCACUCCGAGCAAGUUGAUAACAGACAAGGCACUAAUUUGA